CGGAUGUCAAUGUCAAAGUUCAACUGGCACCGGUGCAGAACGAAGCAACGCUGCGUUGCUCGUACUUGCACAUCUUUUCACAUCAAAUUUAAGAGAAUUCUUGACACAAACUACGCUUAUUACAGCUAAGCGACCAUGAAUGUUCGUUAUGACAACAUCGACGGCAAAGAGCCGGCCAAAAAGGUCCUGGAGACCACUGCAACAGGAGCUGCUUUUGGUGUGGGACUUUCGACAAUUGCACUGUCGAUGUACUUCCCCAAGAACUUCACAGAGGCAUUGGGAAGGGGCUUGAAUCACACGGCAACAUUGGCUACGUUGGGAGCUGUCUUCGGAGCAGGAACCACAAUAUCAGCCUCUGUGAGGAGUAAAGACGACCCUCUAAACUACUUCAUCGGAGGGUGCAUGGCGGGGGCAGUUCUAGGCGCUAAAUACCACAGUUACCCAGUUGGCUCGGGGACGUGCGUAGCAUUUGGUGGCUGGGCGGCAUUCUACAAGCUUUGGAGAGAUCAAGAAUGGGGCGAUUUCAUCCCCAAGCCCACCUAUUAGGAAACCAAACCCCGCCCACAAACUAACAAAACACAGAGAGAGAGACAUUAAAUGUUCUGUCCCAACAUGACAGACGAGGAACGUCAACCGUUCGGAGUUUUAGCGACCCCUCACCGAAACAAACUUCUUGCUUUGACCCGCUCUGCCAUCUCCCCUAAACCGAGCCAUCAUUUUGUGACGUGGGGUGUGGAACCUUGUAAGAAUAGCUGAGUGUUUUGUUGGAGUGAUUUAGACAUGUCUCUUUACCAGUGACUGAUACUACUAAGAGAGAAUCUUGAAAAGAUUGUUGGAGUUUGCAAAAGUUGACGAUUUGUUUUACAAAUUUAUUAAGAACCUGUUGUGGUUUGCAUGUAUAGUAAUUGCACCGUUGCCAACCCCCCAACCCCCCAUUCAAAUCAUCAGAAACUCCCAAUUUUUUUUUCUUCUUCAAACUGCAGGAAUAAUUUAUAAAAAAAAUUGGGUGCUUGAACCUUUAGCCUACACCUCUAAGAUACUUCUCAUCGCAGGGGUGAUAAUUGCCACUUUUUUCCUGCUUUCAUGAUGUAAAAACGAAAUCCCUUUCAAACCUGGAUUUGUGAGCUGUUUCAAUUUUACCAUAAAGGUUUCCGUACUUCAAGUUUAUACAGAAAGACGCAGGUAUUUUAUAAAGGGGUUCCUUCAAUCCUAACUCCCUAGGCAUUUUUGCUGGGAUGCAACCUCAAUCCUGCAAAAUCCUCCAACUGCCUCCACGUAAAAAUUGCAUACAGCCUUCAUCCUGCAAAAUCCUUCGUUAUUUUUCGAAUGUGGUCCUUGGAGGGGUGACCACUGCCUCAAUCCUGCAAAAUCCUCCAGCAAUCACUGUCGAUAUGUUGAGGCAGAGCCAGCGACAUCCUGAAGCAGUGCGGAGGAUUUUAAGGAUAACAUUGGCCUAAAUGUUUGCACAGCUGAGCAAAAACAACACAAGGUCCAGUCCUGGACAUUGUGUAUGUUCAAAAAUCAGCCACACAUCAAUCCUCCAUUUUGCUAAGAGGAUUUUGGAGGAUUUUGGAAGGUUAGGGUUUAGCUGUACACACAAUUUUGAUAUACCAUUGAUCCUAUGUUCCUUGGCGGCCCAAGGACUUUUAAUUUUGCCCCCCCCCACCCCCACGAUUUUUACCCCACAAAACCACCAUGAUAUGGAAGGUACAGACCAUACGUUUUCUUUUACAUAGAACUUGAAUUCCCUUGCAAAAUCCCCUGCAAAAUCAGUUAAAAGAAUGUGCCAUUUGCUUAGUGCUUCAUUUUCUAGACUUAAACAAUAGCACACGGCAGUUUUUUUUCCAGAUGUUUGCAAGGCCUCCCCCCCCCCCCUCUCCAUACCUGUUAAAUAUGCAGGCCUAAAACGAGCACUUAACUUGGGCUAAAAUGAAAUUAUGUUUUGUUUCCCCUGAUGUCUUUAGACAAUGGCAAUAUCUGAUUGUUUUCACACGUUGUAAAUAAAAUGCUUUAGAAAAAAUA